UAUGCUGCAAAAGUAUGUUACUUCUGCUUUCGAAGUACAAACGAGUUUCGUUGAAAGCAUUGUUGGAUAACGCAACAGGUUAUUACAUUCUUGUCGGUCAAUAAUUGAUAGAGGAAAGUUUUAUUAAAAUGACUUGAUAACUUUGACCCUGAAAUGUGUGUUGGUCUCAGUAAUGGAAAAGAAAUGACUGGCCGCAGAUAACUCAAAUUUUGAGGCUGCAAACGAACGCGCUAUGUACAAUGGCAUCGCCUGUAAAAAGAUGACGCUCGACUCUGAGGUAAACCGGUUUGGAUCCUGAUGGUGGAAAAUUUUCACUACCAGUAUUUGUCCGGCAAGAGGAGGAGGGAUGAUGGCGUAAAGUUCCUAAUCACCAGACUUUGUGCGGAUGUCUGGAUUAAAUUCCAAUCCUCUCCAUCGUUUCUCAUGAGAUGGGGGAAUGUGACACUGUUGAUGGUGAUCUAUCUGCUACACAGGAAAUGGUAUACAUUGAGGACCCCCUUGCACUUACUCAAGCUGAUGUAAAACAAGAGAAUUCGUUCGAUAUAACAACAGAAUGCAGCAUAGAAGACAACAGUUCACAAGAUUGGCAAAACUCAGUCCUGAUAAAGGAGGAGAUUGAGAUUGCAGAGGGCUGGGAACUAGCUGGAGAAGAAGCAAGUAUAUAUUUCGAACCAGAGAUGUGCAUUACAGAGGACCAGUGGACACUAGAGAAUUUGCAGGACAAAUUUCCUAAUGGAGAAAAUAGGUUAGCUGCUCAAAGUAAUCAGAAGGAGAGCUGUGGUGAUGAUAUUGAAGUCAUUGACUUGGCCUCUGAUGAUAAUGUUGAGGAAACAACAAUGGAUGUUAAACCUAAAACUGCUCCGAUACUGCGCCGACUAUUGGAACAGGGCCCGGCAUGGGACGAACCUGGGCCAGAGGAGGAGCCCGCAUUCUCCUGCAAGCAGUGUGGUGUGGCUGCUGAGAGUGCCUCGGAGCUGGCGACGCUGUGCGCGUGGCACACUGGCGAGCGGCCCUUUUCGUGCACGACCUGCGAAAAGCGGUUCGCUACACGGGUGCAGCUCUGCAUACACAGCAUCGCGCACUCGCGGGGGCAGCCCUUCCCCUGCCUCGUAUGCGGCGAGGAGAUAUCGCGGAUGGCCCACUUCCGCCACCACAUGGUGCUGCACGACGACUCCAGGAACCGCCCGCCCCGGCGCUGCCUCCACUGCCGCCGCACUUUCCGCGGGGACCGUGAGUGGCAACGGCACCUGCUGCGCGCGCACCGCAUCAACCGCCGCUCUUCUGUGAGCCGAGCACAACCCGGCAGUCCGAAAACACCUGUUGGGAGCUGCUGCCACUGUGGGCGGGAAUUCACAAACAGGGGAGGCUUGCGUCGGCACGAGCUGGCUUGCAGCAAUGGCAACAUGCUGCUUAAACAAGAGGAAUGUAGCACAGAGGGACUAAGAAUCGACAUAGACAGGAUUAUUCACCAGCAGGAUUUGUCUCUGGCGUGACAAGAGUCCAUGUCCUGUGUUCCUCGGCCGACUGUCGCAGAGCAGUCUACGUCGUUGCCAGUUCCUACAGGUGUGGCUGUGGCAGCACUGAGGAGGAAACUACAGGAUAAGAGUAGAAAUUUCUCUGGUGAUCAGACAACUUGACUCUCUGUAAUAAACUCAAACACUUGCCUCAUCAGCUCAGAUCUCAAAAGGCUUAUUGCUUAGUCUUGUGUGUCUUUGUUCUUUGAUUGCCAUAUUCACAUCAUUUCUUCAAGAAAUGAUAAUGAUUGUGUCUUGUGUAAAGACAGUAUUUUUUAGCUUGGGUUUUUCCUGGAUUUUAUACAAGGGAGGAGAUUAUGUCUGUGUUGAAGAGAGUAGUUUACUUGUCAAGUGCCUUGCUUUAGCCAAAAUAUUUGCCAGGUGGUUUGAGAGAAAGAAGCUGUUGACUGUUAAUGUUGAACAAGUGUUUUGUUAUAAUGCAAAUAGUAGUGUAAAAUAAUGUGCAGUUGUAAAUUUAAAAUCAUUCAUUGUUCUUAUUGUUUUUGUGGAAAGACCAAAUGAACGGAUGCAUUGGGAAGAUACAAAUUACAUUUGAGAGGAAGAAGGUUCAAAUCUCUGUACAACUAUCCAGAUUUAGAUUUUCCACAGUUUCCAUAAAUUGUUUAAGUAAAAUCUUGAGAUUGCUAUGUGAAGAGGACAUGGCCAAUUUCCUUCUCCGACUUGAAUUUUCGCUUCAUUUCUAAUAACCUCACUGUUGGUAGGACAUUAAAACCCAAUCUUCAUCUCACACUGUGGAAAGCAAUGUGUGAAAUACUAAUAUGAAAGGGCAGCAAGCUCGUUAGUUGCUCAUGACCUUUGUUGCUGCUCAGGGAUAGUGAGUAACUUGUGGAUUGCGCACAAAUGCUCGCGAGUGAGGCAGCUUGGUGAUACUCGUAGUGGUAGCGAAAUCAGUGAAGUAUAAUAAAUGAUGUGCAAUGAAAACUGCAUGCAUUAUGUUACUUUCUUCUUUGCAUCUUUACAAAUAUCAUAGUAUCAUAAACUAGCCAUAGUUUCCAUUCGUAAGCAUUGCUUAGAAAGAAAAUUUUUGACUACCACAAUCAUACUCAAUUUAUGAAAUACUUCAUGAUUUCAGUGAGUACUCCAAAGAUAUUAUGAUGUGUGUAAUGCUUCUUGUCCCUCUCUUUGACACUGAACAUAACCCAGAGAGUCACAAGUAUCCCUUUCACCCACUAUUUGAAACUAAAAAUAGCAUUAAUAACAGUGUAUUCUGUUGAAUACAGGUCCUACUUCUUUCUCUUAUCUCUACAAAAUAAUGAAGGAAAUUUUUUCAAAACUAGAGGGCAAGAAGAAAAAGCAGAGAGGAAAAUAUUAUGUUUAUUCCUGUAACAGUUGCAAGCUGAAACGUUGUGGGCAGUUGCUUCAGUAAGCAAGAAUCAUUAUUCAGAUUUCUU